CUAAGAAUAAUCUAUUUUUUUUUGUUGAUAUGCAUGUGUGUGUAUAUCGACAGUGCAGUUCUACCGUCAACGGCUCACUGUCCACCAGUUAAUACUCUUCAAGGUUGUCCUUGUUAUAACUUUGCCAAUGGUCUUUUUCUCGAAUGUACAGGCUCCACAGAGGAGACACUUAAAAACGCGCUAGCUCGGAUUUUUAAUCAGGCUAAACCCUAUGAUUUAUAUAUUAUAGAUGCAGUGAUACAAUCAUUAAACAUAUACGAACUUGAUCGUAAAGUUGAAGAGUUUCGUAAUAAUAUUUUCUCAGAUGAUUUUCUCAUUCGUCACAUACAAAUUUCACAUUCUGGUCUACGUGGAGUAACGGAAGAUGCUUUUAAAAAAAUUAGUCAUAGUCUGGAAUCUCUAGCAAUUGUUUUUGGAGAAUUAUCGAAUGUACCACAAAAAGCUAUUGUACCAUUGAAACAACUUGAAAUCCUUGAUCUUGAAGCUAAUCUCAUUCAUGAUCUUCCAAGUUUUAGCUUUUAUGGCCUUUCUUUAAGAAAAUUAAAUAUUAAAGGUAAUCGAAUUAUUAAAAUCUCAGAAUAUGCUUUUGCUGGACUCGAAGAUACUUUAACAGAUUUGAACCUUGCUGAAAAUAAAAUUCGAGUUUUUCCAAUGACAGCUCUUCGCCGGCUUGAAUCUCUUGCCGUAUUGACGCUUGCGUGGAAUGAAAUCUCUCAGUUGCCCGAAGAUGGCUACUCACGUCUUGAUAAUCUUAGCUUUUUAGAUUUAAGUAGCAAUAAUUUUUUUAUUAUUCCAUUAAAUUGUUUUCGAUGCUGUCCAUCCGUACAAACGCUCUCUAUGUAUUAUAAUUCUAUUGAAAGUGUUGAUAAAGAUGCUUUUAUAUCAUUAAUUUCCUUAGAAUCAAUUGAUCUCAGCCACAAUAAAAUUAUAUUUCUCGACAUAUCAACGUUUCGUGCGAAUCAAAAACUCAGAUCUAUCGAUCUUAGUUAUAAUCAUAUACACUACAUCAGAAGUGUUUUUGCACGACUUCCUGAGCUUAAGGAACUCUUUUUAGUUGAAAACAAUAUUCUUGAAAUUCCAGCCUAUGCAUUCUCUGGUAGUGUUAGUCUAUCAGUUAUUUAUCUUCAGCAGAAUGCAAUUAGACGAAUAAAUCCACUAGGUUUAAGCAGUCUCCAGCAGUUGACGCAACUACAUCUUAGUAGCAAUUAUAUUCAAUAUAUUCCUCGUGAUUUUUUACAGACCUGUGAAAAUCUUUCAACUCUUAGUCUUGAUGAAAACCAAAUUCGUGAACUAGAAAUCGGUACAUUUGCAAAAACCAAACAGUUGCGUGAGCUUCGAUUGCAAGAUAACCUAAUCCGUGAAAUAAAAAGGGGGGUAUUUACACCAUUGUCUUCACUUAUUGAAUUGCACCUACAGAAUAACGCUAUAACUGAUAUUGAAACUGGUGCUUUUAGGUCACUGCAUAAUCUGGAACAUGUUAAUCUUCAAGGUAAUUUACUUGCCGUUCUUGGUGAUGUUUUUCAAGUAUCUGAGUCAAUAGGAAGUGGCACCAGAUCACUUAUUUCGUUUCAAUUAGAUAAUAAUGGUCUCGGUGUUUUACAUAAUGAUUCACUUAAAGAUCAGACUAGUAUACGAAUUAUGUGGCUCGGCCAUAAUCGACUUACAAGGCUACAAGCUCAACUUUUUCGAGAUCUAUUUCUUGUUGAACGAUUAUAUCUUACCAGUAAUUCAAUCACAAAAAUUGAAGAUACCGCUUUCCAACCGAUGAAGGCUCUUAAAUUUUUAGAUCUUAGUUUAAACAAAUUAACUCACAUAACAGUCAAAACAUUCUCUGAUCUUCAAGAGCUUGAAGAACUGUAUCUUACAGAUAAUGGAUUACGUAAUCUUGAUGCAUAUGCCCUUAUUUCGCUCAAAAGACUACGAGUUCUUGAUCUUUCUAAUAAUUGGCUCAGCGGUUUACACGAUACUAUAUUCCAAGAGGGUUUACCUAUUCGAAGUUUAAAUUUACAUAAUUGUUCAAUAGCCAUCAUUGAUACUAGUGCAUUUCGUGGCUUAAAUAAUCUUUAUGAAUUAAAUUUAGACCACAAUCAUCUUGCAGCAGAUAUUCUUCAUAAUCUAAUUAUACCAGGACUACGUAUAUUACGCAUAUCAUACAACAAUUUUAGUCGCCUUAAAAGUGAGUCUUUUGACGGACUUCCUUCAUUGCAACAUUUAUCAAUUGAAUCUUCCAAAAUUUAUAAAAUACCACUAAACUCUUUUUCACGCAACAAAAAUCUUGUUAAAAUAUUACUGAGGAAGAAUGAACUAAAAUCAUUACCACCAUUCAUAUUUUUUGGUUUAGAUUCUCUCAAAGAAAUUAACCUCGAUGAUAAUUAUUUUCAGGAAAUACCUUAUAACGUUUUUAUAAAUGCUUCAUCGAUUGAGUCAUUGUCGUUGGCUCGCAAUAUUAUCUUUCUUGUCGACAUAUCGAGACUUCAUGGUCUUAUAAAUCUUCAAGAAUUGGAUCUAAGAGAAAAUAAGAUAAAGUUAUUAACAGGUUUUUCCGAAGCUAAACUUAUAAAAUUAACUUUUAUUGAUCUCAGUUACAAUUAUUUGACUUCCUUACCUGAAAAUUUCUUUAUAAAUUCAAAUGUACUACGCAAAGUUGACCUUGCCGGUAAUAAGUUGCAUCAAAUCCCUACAAUUGCAUUAUCUGCCCAAAACAUUCCCAGUUUAGACUGGCUGAAUGUAACUGCCAAUCCACUUAUGAGAAUACAUGAAAUUAGUUCCAAAUCUAAGUACCCAGCACUACAAGAAAUUCAUAUUAGUCGUACAAAUUUAACAAUAGUUGCAACUCAUGAUUUUGAGGCAUUUUCCGAAUUACUACAUUUAUUUAUAAAUAGUAAUAUGAUUUAUAGAAUAUCCCCUGAUGCCUUUUCUUAUCUACCAAAACUUCUAACGCUCGAUUUAAGCAUUAACAAACUGGAGGUUUUACCACAAGAAUGUUUAAAAGGUCUUGAACACUUAAGACUUUUAAAUUUGACGUAUAAUCGAUUGCAGGAAUUAGAGGACUUUCCAUCAGAUCUUAAAACACUGCAGGUACUCGAUGUAUCCUUUAAUCAGAUCAAUCAAAUUAGAGAAACCACUUUUCAGUAUUUAGAAAAUCUCUCUGAACUUUACAUACUCGGUAAUCAGAUCUCAAAUAUUGCGGUGGACGCUUUUAAAUGUCUCGUAAAAUUACGUAUACUUGAUUUGAGUAAAAAUUAUUUAAAAAGUUUACCAGUAAAUGCAUUCAGGCCUUUAGAAACUCAAAUUCAAAGCUUACUAACAGAAGAAAAUCCUUUGCACUGUAAUUGUGAAUCUCAAGAACUUUGGGAGUGGUUAAGAGAUCAUCAAAAGCUUAUUAGGUCGAGUAGUAGUGAUGGAGGCGAUAGAGAAAGUGAUAAUAAUCAUAUACGGAAUCAACAUUCAAACGGAAUAAAUACGAAUUAUAUAACGGGUUUUUUGCGUUGUGAUCAACCGCCUGAAUUACGGGGCCUUGUGUUUCUUGAUCUUGAACCUCGUAAAUUUUGUUCGGCACCUGUAAUACCAAAAGUUUCUAUUCAGGAUAUACAACCAUACUCCAUUCUCGUAUCCUGGCAGAGCCGGAAUUAUUCUGGUGUUCAUGGCUACGAAGUCAUUUUUUACGCUCUUGAUAAUUCUGACGAGAUACACAGUACAAUAUUAGAGGCAACUUCACGCUCUGUACGACUUACCAAAUUAUUAGCGAAUACGCGUUAUCGUGUAUGUGUUAUGGGCCUUAGCAAUUGGAUGAACUCACAGAUUUUAGUAAAAGACGAUGAAAUCAUUAAAGAUCUACAUCAGCCGUUUUUUAAUGACUCGCAUAACAACUUUUCUAUUAAGAAAUCAAUAUUGUCAAACUCAUUGGAUACGUCAAUAUCGCAUUGUACAGAAACGCUUACUUUGGACAUACAAGAUGCGAUAUCUAGAAUUGACGAUUCUUCUUUAAGUAGUAACAACGCUUCCGAGAACAUAAAUAACAGUAUUCUCACCAGGCGUUUGGGAUUAAUCAUUGGAUGCUGCAUGGGAUUCAUUGUCUUUAUUGUUCUGAUUACUAUCCUUGGUUAUCUAAAAGUGAAAAAGCAACGGGAAGCAGCAAAGAGAGAUCAACAAGUAAUGCCACCAGAAUAUAUAUCUUAUAGACAUUUCAGCGUAGAAAUGGCUUGUCAGGCUGCAAGGCAUAUUCAGCCAACUGUCAACUUAGAUGGUCAAGUAUAA